UCUGCGUGUGUAGUCAAAACAUUGAAAGUGUAAAAGGAGUAGUUUUAUAAACGAUUAAUGAAACGCGCAAAAUAUGAGCAGAGAGAGAGAAAGAAAACUGUUGCGUAAGCAUUGUUCCCUUAAUUUUCGAAGAGUUCGAAAUUGUGUGCAAUUUACCAUUAAGUACCAAUAAUUUAAAGUAUGACUAAACCCGGUAAUUGUUACCUACGUUUAUCAUUUUUCAUUGUUAAUGUCACACCGUGUGAUGAUGCUCUACUCAUCAUCAUUGGCGGAUUUCAUUCAUCUGACCUUUGGCGCACAGUGUUUAUAUGUGUAUAUAAACCACUAUUUUUUGUUAUAUGCCUCUAUCAUUGGAACUCGAGAGUCUUUAUACUUGCAGCCGCAUUCAAUUCUCACCCAGUGCGUAUAUCCAAUUACAAAUAAAAAUGUGUCUUCUCUGCACAAUUGCUGUGGUGAGCUGAAUAAGCAUUCAUUUUAGAUCCAAUAGUCCGAAACGUUGUCUGAGAUUCUCUGUGAUUCGGAAAAUGGAAAUCUUCAUAAACUUCCUACACGAUGAUUACUCAGAAAUAAGGCUUUAACAGGAAAAAGGGGUCCACACCUAAACAUCUACACAGCACAAUUAUUUUCAUCAAAUUUUAAAUAGAUUUCGUCAAAUAAAUUACUUCAAACAUGUUAGAACCGUACGCCUCGGAAUGGACAUGGUUGGUCGUGGUAGGGUUUAUUAUUGCAUUCGCGUUGGCUUUUGGAAUUGGAGCCAACGAUGUUGCAAAUUCUUUUGGAACCAGCGUCGGUUCCAAAGUGCUUUCAAUCACUCAGGCUUGCAUAUUGGCAACCAUUUUUGAAAUUGCUGGAGCCAUCCUUAUUGGAUAUAAAGUAUCCGAUACCAUGAGGAAGGGAAUAUUAGAUGUUUCUGUAUACGAAGAUUCCGAGGUGGAAUUGAUGCUGGGAUGCCUUAGUUCUUUGAUAUCUAGUGCCAUUUGGUUGCUUGUAGCUACUUUCUUUAAGUUACCAAUAUCUGGUACUCAUAGUAUUGUUGGAGCAUCCAUUGGGUUUAGUUUAGUUGCACGCGGUACUAAUGGUCUUCACUGGAAGACUCUGGGCACUAUAAUUGGUUCCUGGUUUAUUUCCCCCGUAUUAAGUGGAAUAAUGUCAGUGUUUAUUUUCUUGAUAAUAAAAAACAGGAUUCUACAGAGACCCGACCCGGUUGAAUCCGGACUUAUGUGGCUACCAAUUUUCUACAGUUUUUCAAUUGCGGUGAACGUCUUCUCGAUAGUUCACGACGGACCAAAACUUUUAUACAUGGAUAACAUUCCGUUAUGGCUGGCUGGCACUAUUAGCUUAUCAAUUGGAUUCAUUUCGAUGAUCUUCAUUUGGUUGGUGAUAGUUCCGUUUUAUCGUAAGAAAUUAAAAAAGGAAAAUUCAGUCAAUUUUAAUAUUGGAGAAUCAAAUGAUAAUUCUCCGGAUGGGAGCCCAAAAAAAUCCAACAGAAAUUCGCAGUAUAGCGAGCGUCAAUUAACUGUAAUAACAGAAAGUACUGAGAUGAUUUCUUUGGAUAAUGACAAGGCCACGAAAUAUAAGUUUCCGAGUCCUGGUAAAAACAAUGGUUAUAUAAAUGGGAAAUCUAAGGAGAUGCCGGCAGUGAGCAGCACUACUUCGUUGUCGUGCGAAAUCAAUCCGUCACUGUCCCCAAAUUCGAGUGGAUUUCCUUUGAUUAUUGAAAAGAGUACCAUUAAAGUAGAUGGGGAGGAGAAUCGAUGCGUGGUCGAGCUUCCAGAGGCAGAAGAAAUUGAAAACAAGGCUGUCUCGAAACUGUUUAGCUUCCUUCAGGUGUUGACUGCAAUUUUCGGAAGUUUUGCUCACGGUGGGAACGACGUCAGCAAUGCCAUUGGACCGUUGAUCGCUCUUUGGCUCAUCUUCACGGAGGGUUCCGUGCAGCAAAAGGCAGACACCCCUAUUUACAUACUUUUAUAUGGAGGUGUUGGAAUAUCAGUCGGUCUAUGGUUGUGGGGCAGGAGGGUCAUUCAAACGAUCGGUGAAGAUCUUACCACUAUUACACCUUCUACUGGUUUUACAAUAGAAAUCGGUGCAGCUUUUACAGUAUUAUUGGCAAGUAAAAUUGGGCUACCAAUAUCGACAACACAUUGCAAGGUGGGCUCUGUAGUUUUCGUCGGUUACUUCAGUUCGUCCAAAAAGGGCGUCGAUUGGAAUCUCUUUAGGAAUAUUAUUUACGCAUGGGUAAUAACCGUGCCCGUCGCUGCCUUAAUAUCGGCUGGUUGUAUGUUUUCGUUACAAAAAUUGAUCUUAAAAUAAAUUCAACAUACCCUAAAUAAUAAAAUUAGUUGAAAGUCUAAUAUAUAUAUAUACUACUUGCCACAAGAAAAAUACAAAAAAAAUGUUAGUAAGUCAAUGUUUUAUAUAGUAUGUAAGGAAAUAUUGUACUAAAAAAAAAAUGAAACCGAUCAAAUGAAAACAUUAAUUUUUCUCUUUGUACUUAUUAUUUUAUUAU